CUGAGGGCUGGGCCUCAGCAGCCGAGCUAAGGUUUAGGCCUGAGAGAAAGGGGAGGUAUUAAAAUUAAAGGUGGAACAAAAAGGGGCCUGGAAGGAGCUGAGAGGCCCCGGAUGAAGAGCGCCCCUGAAGUUUAGAUUGGGCUAACACAACGCAGAGCCGGGAGAGAGUGGAGGGCCGGAUUGGGCAAGCAUGAGGCGGAGUUAAGGGCCGGACUGGAGCGAAGCGGAGAUUGGGGUUUACAGUUGGCUCGACCAAGCUGAGGUUCAAGAUGGGACUUCUGCGAGGAAGAGUUUUGUAGCGACGAAGAGCUGGGCUGAGUGAUGUGGGUUAGGACGACACUGACACGGGAAAGGUGGACUAAAGAAAAGACCCAGGACAAUACCAGCGCCUGGGAUGAGAGUAACUCCAAUGUGAACAGGUUACCCAGCUGGGAGAGAGGACACCUGCUGGCUGGUGUGGCGUCUAGCACUGAUACAUCUACCUUCUCCGAAGGCGAAUUCAAGGACCUGGAGAGGUGCUGCCGGAAACAUAAGCAGUGCACUGGGCACAUCAUCCACCCCUUCACCCCUGACUGUGGCCACUGCAGCCUGCACCUGCACUCUAUUAGCCGCUGCAAAUGCAAUUCUAGGCUGAAGGACUGCUCAGAGAAGACAAAUAGCAGCAGCUCCCGAGAUGCGGGCCCAACCUGCUCCCGAGAUGUGGGUUCAACAUGUGUCAACAUCAUCCAGUCCCCUUGCUUUGAGCUCAUCCCAGAGGAAGAGUGUGUGCAGCGGUUCUGGUAUGGCUGGUGCAAAAGCUACAGGCCCCUCUCCGUGGCAGUGAUCCACCAUCCCAUUCACCAUGACUGUGGGGCAGACAACCUGAAUGAAGAAGAGGAAGAGGAGGAAGAGGAAGAGGAAGAAGAAAGCAAGCCUCCCAUCCCAACCCAGGUGGGGCCCUCCACCACACCCGCUGACACAGGCAUGGGCACAGUUGCAGGCACCCUGGACUCAGUAGCUCCCAUCACUAUCUGGCGCUCUGAGAGCCCCACAGGGAAGUCCCAGGGCAACAAGGUGAUCAAGAAGGUAAAGAAGAAAAAAGAAAAAGAGAAAGAUGAGGAGGAAACAGAUGAGAAGGCAAAGCUAAAGAAAAAAGCUAAAGGCAAAUUGGUUAAGAAGAAAAGCCCGGUUAAUUCGGAAUCUUCACCUCCAGACUUGACCCGAUCAAUAAGCCCAAGAGAGUUGGCCAGGAUGUCAGAGUCCAGCCCAGACAGCCGGGAAGACUUGGAGAGUGAGGACAGUUACAAUGACCCUGGGCGGGAGGAACCCUCCAGUGAGGAUAUUGUGGAGUCUUCGUUGCCCAAGAAGAGAGAGAAGAACAUGGCCCAGGCUAAGAAACCCAGGGCGAAGGCCUCACCAAUCAAGAAGGUCAAGAGGAAAUCUCCCCCAGCAUCAAACCCCAAUCUCAGUUGAGGCCAGGGCAUCCAGGGUGAAGAAUAAAUGAGAUUAAGCCUGUA